AUGAGUCCGAAUCUGACUCCUUCCGUGGAACUCAUUUUCCUUGGGACGGGGACAUCUUCGAGCCUCCCUAGUAUAUCAUGUUUAACCCAACCACCGGAUGCAGAAACACGAGGAUGUAGGGCAUGUCUGUCAACGUUGGAACCGGAGGGGAAGAAGAAUAUCAGGAGGAAUACUUCAGCAGUUGUAAGAAUGAAGGAUAAGCUGGGUCGAACAAUCACGAUUGUCAUUGAUGCGGGGAAAACUUUCCAAGCAGCAGCUUUGGAAUGGUUUCCUAAGCACGGUCUCCGUCGAAUAGACGCGUUAUUACUGACACACGCUCAUGCCGAUGCCAUGAACGGACUCGAUGAUCUACGAGGGUGGACCUUGGGAGGCAGCAUACAAGGGCAUGUUGAUGUUUACUUGUCACAAGUAACGUUCCAAGAAGUCAAGAGGUCUUUUCCGUAUCUUGUUUCAAAAGAAUAUGCCUCGGGAGGGGGAGACGUUCCCGAUUUUAUAUGGCAUAUCAUCGAAGACGGGGUUCCGUUCGAGGUAAAUGACACAGGAGUGUUUGUUACACCCUUCUCAGUACAACAUGGCCGGUUUUUCUCUACUACUCCUUGCCCGGCCUACACUCCGACUCCGAACGGUUUAGUUGGGGACGCCGCACCUGUCGAAAUGCUUAAAAAAAUGAACAUCAACGGACUGGAGUCACCCAAACCUGCUCACUCGGUGCCAAAAGAGAUAAUACAGCCUUACCUCUGUUUCGGCUUCAAAUUCCAAGAGCACCUUGUCUAUAUUUCCGAUGUUUCUCAUAUACCAGAGCCUGCAUGGUCGAUCAUUCGAGGUGAGAAGGAUGGGAAACGCCCAACGGUCUGCGUUUUGGAUUGCCUGGGCCUGAAACGACACACGUCGCAUUUUGGGUUGGAUCAAAGUGUCGCCACUGCGAGGGAACUCGGUGCUGUGCGUUCAUACUUCGUCGGGUUCUCACAUCGUGUCAGUCAUGAGGAAUAUGUGACGAUCACAGAAGUGUUGGGUGGCAUGACCCAUGCAGAGGAGGAGCUGUCGGAGAUUGAGAAAGUUGGAAUAGGUCUGCUGGGAGAAGGAGAGGAAAUAUGGACGAGGCCAGCCCAUGAUGGGUUAAAAGUGUUGAUAGAUUCAGAGCUACGCGCUGUUAGAGACGAGACCUACGACCAAACCAAGUAA